GCUGUCAUAAUGUAAACUUUCAUUCUUUGUGCAGGUAAAAUCAUCUCUAUUGAUACUAGUUCCCUGCGAGCUGCUGGCAGAACUGGCUGGGAAGAUUUAGUGAGGAAGUGCAUUUAUGCUUUUUUCCAACCUCAGGGCAGAGAGCCUUCUUAUGCCAGACAACUAUUUCAAGAAGUGAUGACUCGUGGCACUGCCUCCAGCCCAUCCUAUAGAUUCAUAUUGAAUGAUGGGACAAUGCUUAGCGCCCACACCAAGUGUAAACUUUGCUACCCUCAAAGUCCAGACAUGCAACCUUUCAUCAUGGGAAUUCAUAUCAUCGACAGGGAACACAGUGGACUUUCUCCUCAAGAUGACACUAAUUCUGGAAUGACAAUACCCCGAGUAAACCCCUCAGUCAAUCCUAAUAUCUCUCCAGCUCAUGGUGUGGCUCGUCCAGCCACAUUGCCACCAUCCAACAACAGCAUGGUAUCCACCAGGGUAAACCGCCAACAGAGCUCAGACCUUCAUAGCAGCGCUCACAGUAAUUCUGGCAACAGUCAAGGGAAUUUCGGAUGCUCACCUGGAAAUCAGAUUGUAGCCAAUGUUGCCUUAAAUCAAGGACAGGCCAGUUCCCAGAGCAGUAAUCCCUCUUUAAACCUCAGUAAUUCUCCAAUGGAAGGUACAGGAAUGUCCCUAGCACAGUUCAUGUCUCCAAGGAGACAGGUUACUUCUGGAUUAGCAGCAAGGCCCAGGAUGCCAAACAGUUCAUUCCCUCCUAAUAUUUCGACAUUAAGCUCUCCUGUUGGCAUGACAAGUAGUGCCUGUAAUACUAGUAACCGAUCUUAUUCAAACAUCCCAGUAACAUCUUUACAGGGUAUGAAUGAAGGACCCAAUAAUUCUGUUGGCUUCUCUGCUAGUUCUCCAGUCCUCAGGCAGAUGAGCUCGCAGAAUUCACCAGGCAGAUUAAAUAUACAACCAGCAAAAGCUGAGUCCAAAGAUAACAAAGAGAUUGCAUCCAUUUUAAAUGAAAUGAUUCAAUCUGACAACAGCUCUAGUGAUGGCAAACCUCUGGAUUCAGGGCUUCUGCAUAACAAUGACAGACUGUCAGAUGGAGACAGUAAAUACUCUCAAACCAGUCACAAACUAGUGCAGCUUUUGACGACAACUGCCGAACAGCAGUUACGACAUGCGGAUAUAGACACAAGUUGCAAAGACGUGUUGUCUUGCACAGGCACUUCCAACUCUGCCUCUGCUAACUCUUCAGGAGGUUCUUGCCCUUCUUCUCAUAGCUCACUGACAGAGAGGCAUAAAAUUCUGCACCGGCUUUUACAGGAGGGUAGCCCCUCAGAUAUCACCACUUUGUCUGUCGAGCCUGAUAAAAAGGACAGUGCAUCUACUUCUGUGUCCGUAACUGGACAGGUACAAGGGAACUCCAGUAUAAAACUAGAACUGGAUGCUUCAAAGAAAAAAGAAUCAAAGGACCAUCAGCUCCUACGCUACCUUUUAGAUAAAGAUGAGAAAGAUUUAAGAUCAACUCCAAACCUGAGCCUGGAUGAUGUAAAGGUAAAAGUGGAAAAGAAAGAACAGAUGGAUCCUUGCAACACAAACCCAACCCCAAUGACCAAACCUGCUCCUGAGGAAAUUAAACUGGAGUCCCAAAGCCAGUUUUCAGCUGACCUUGACCAGUUUGAUCAGUUACUGCCCACUCUGGAGAAGGCAGCACAGUUGCCAGGCUUAUGUGAGACAGACAGGAUGGAUGGUGCAGUCACCAACGUAGCCAUCAAAUCAGAGAUCCUGCCAACUUCACUACAGUCCACCACUGCCAGACCCACUUCCAGGCUAAAUAGAUUACCUGAGCUGGAAUUGGAAACAAUUGAUAACCAGUUUGGACAACCAGGAACAGGUGAUCAGAUUCCAUGGACAAAUAAUACAGUGACAGCUGUAAACCAGAAUAAACCAGAAGACCAGUGUAUUAGUUCACAAUUAGAUGAGCUUCUCUGUCCGCCAACAACAGUAGAAGGAAGAAAUGAUGAGAAGGCUCUUCUUGAACAGCUGGUCUCCUUCCUCAGUGGCAAAGAUGAAACUGAGCUAGCUGAACUAGACAGAGCCCUGGGAAUUGACAAACUUGUUCAGGGAGGUGGACUAGAUGUAUUAUCAGAGAGAUUUCCACCACAACAAGCAACACCACCUUUGAUGAUGGAAGAAAGACCCAACCUUUAUUCCCAGCCUUACUCUUCUCCUUCUCCUACUGCCAAUCUCCCUAGCCCUUUCCAAGGCAUGGUCAGGCAAAAACCUUCACUGGGGACUAUGCCUGUUCAAGUAACACCUCCCCGAGGUGCUUUUUCACCUGGCAUGGGCAUGCAGCCCAGGCAAACCCUAAACAGACCUCCAGCUGCACCUAACCAGCUUCGACUUCAACUACAACAGCGAUUACAGGGACAGCAGCAGUUGAUACACCAGAAUCGGCAAGCUAUCUUAAAUCAGUUUGCAGCAACUGCUCCUGUUGGCAUAAACAUGAGAUCAGGCAUGCAGCAGCAAAUUACACCCCAGCCACCCUUGAACGCUCAAAUGUUGGCACAGCGUCAGCGGGAGUUGUAUAGUCAGCAGCACCGACAGAGGCAGCUAAUACAACAGCAAAGAGCCAUGCUCAUGAGGCAGCAAAGCUUUGGGAACAAUCUUCCCCCCUCAUCUGGACUGCCAGUUCAAAUGGGGAACCCCCGUCUUCCUCAGGGUGCUCCACAGCAAUUCCCCUAUCCACCAAACUAUGGUACAAAUCCAGGAACCCCACCAGCUUCUACCAGCCCAUUUUCACAGCUAGCAGGAAAUCCUGAGGCAUCUCUGGCCAACCGCAACAGCAUGGUGAACAGAGGCAUGACAGGAAACAUGGGAGGACAGUUUGGCACUGGAAUCAAUCCUCAGAUGCAACAGAACGUCUUCCAGUAUCCGGGAUCAGGAAUGGUUCCCCAAGGUGAGGCCAACUUUGCUCCAUCUCUAAGCCCUGGGAGCUCCAUGGUGCCGAUGCCAAUCCCUCCUCCUCAGAGCUCUCUGCUCCAGCAAACUCCGCCUGCCUCUGGAUAUCAGUCACCGGAUAUGAAGGCCUGGCAGCAAGGAGCAAUAGGAAAUAGCAAUGUGUUCAGUCAAGCUGUCCAGAACCAACCCACACCUGCACAGCCAGGAGUGUACAACAAUAUGAGCAUCACCGUGUCCAUGGCAGGUGGAAACACAAAUGUUCAGAACAUGAACCCAAUGAUGGGCCAGAUGCAGAUGAGCUCUUUGCAGAUGCCAGGAAUGAACACUGUGUGCCCUGAACAGAUAAGUGAUCCAGCACUGAGACACACAGGCCUCUACUGCAACCAGCUCUCAUCUACUGACCUUCUCAAAACAGAAGCAGAUGGAACCCAGGACAAGAAGACAGAAGAGUUCUUCUCUGUGGUGACUACAGACUAGAGGAAUGCUCUACAGGUGCAACAGGUUCAGGUGUUUGCUGACGUCCAGUGUACAGUGAAUCUGGUAGGCGGGGACCCUUACCUGAACCAGCCUGGUCCACUGGGAACUCAAAAACCCACGUCAGGACCACAGACCCCCCAGGCCCAGCAGAAGAGCCUCCUUCAGCAGCUACUGACUGAAUAACCACUUUUAAAGGAAUGUGAAAUUUAAAUAAUAGACAUACAGAGAUAUACAAAUAUAUUAUAUAUUUUUCUGAGAUUUUUGAUAUCUCAAUCUGCAGCCAUUCUUCAGGUCGUAGCAUUUGGAGCAAAAAAAAAAAAAAUUUUAAAAAAAGUUCAUUUUUGUUGGGAGAUUGAAAGAUGUUUUUGUUUCUUUCUUUGUAAAAGCCUUGGAUAUUGAAAAAAAUUACAAGGCAGAACAGUUGGACAAUCUAUUUCUUGAGCCAAAUUUAAUUAUUCUUAUUUUUAUAAUCAGUCAUUGGCUUCUUAUCUGGAUGAAGGCUUCUGGAGGAGAACCAAAAGGACAAGUUUCCAGAGGAAGAUGAAGCUCCGCCUCUGCCGCUCAGUCCCAGCCCUGCCCAGGAAGGAGGGCAUGUGGGGCUUUGCCUGUGCCUGGCCACCAAAGGCUGUCAUGUUUCUCGAAAUCAACAGCCCUUCCCUCUCCCGCCCCCAGGCGACUCGUGUGUACAAUCAGCUUCUUCUAGCAACUCUGUAUCUGUUGGCUUCAAGAGAAUAUUUUGCCUCCACAUAUGUACCCCUUCUCCUUUUUUUAAAGAUGGAUUUAAACCAAGAUGCCUCCAGGAAAGAGGAUGGAAUGAGUAUAUUCACAGAGGAAUCCAAAAAAUACAAUUUGGGGGAAAAUGCAAUAAUUUUUGAUGAGAUGGGUGAAGGACAAGAAGAGAUUUCCGUCAAUUAUUGUAGAUAUAAUUUUCUGAUUAAAUCUAGGGAGAAAAAAAGCAGCCUGUUCUUUCUGCUUUUAUUAUAUUAACAGCUGAGGUAGCUAAAGUUAUUUAAAAUAAAAUUAAAUUUAUGAUACAAGUAGCUUAUUUUUCCCUUUAAAUCUGUCUGUAAAUGCAUUUGAUUUCUUGUAGAAAUUGAUUUCUUUCUGUUUAAUUUUAUGCUUUUAUUAUACUCUUGAUUUUUCUAAAUUUGUGCGUGAAAUAUAACAUUGAUUGAAUUGCAGUUCCAUUUGGCUAGUACUAUUUUGUUAUUUUAAUAACUGUGACACGAAGUAUGGAUUUAUUUUGGGUUCAAAUCGAAAUGCCCCUAACAGAAAGAGCUGUUCCAGAAAGAGCUGAGCUAGAGCGUACUGCUCUAGAGUGUCCCUGGGAUCAUCUGAUCAGAAGUACACAGGCUACUUGUACAGAGAAAAAUUAGUACUCAAAAUCUUCUUUUUUUUCGAUUGACUUUGGGAAUUUGAAUUUUCUUCAGUACAAAUAUAAAUUUCUGUACCCUGCUCUGAGGCUAAUUGGUACCUUUAUUUUCCCUUUGUGUCUUGUCAUCCUGCCGCAUCCCAUCUCAUCCUGGCCUCUGAGUCAAGGACCCAGUGAACUGACUUUCUAGUUCUAGAAGUUCCACUGCAAGGCCAGGAAAUCUUGAGAAAGGUGUUGUGGAAGAAGCAAAGGUAGACGCUCGUCACUCACCUUCCUCUGCAUCCCUGGGCCUGUGGAGCAUGACAGUGUCCUACGUUCUACACCAGCUACCUCUGCUUCCGUGGCAGAGAAGAGGCCAUAAGAAAUAUCAGUGGAAGAGGAGCGUGGACUCAGACUUCAAGGAAGAAGCCAUUUUCCCAGGUCCUUCCUUCUGCAUCUCACCACCCCUAGUUAACAGAUAACUUCAUUGAACAGCAUCUAUUCAGAAACUAUACUGAAUAAAAAGAUUGGUGGAAGGGCUCAUGUGGGUAGCAACUAUGAAACAGAAAUAGGACACUCAGUUACAAACAUUAUUUCUUUUAGUUUUUCAGAAAAUGCAUCCCUGAAUUCAUUCAUUUCCAGCUUGAAAGCCCAGCCAUAUUCUAGUCCCUACCAAACUGCUCUAGAAGGUCAUUUCCAUUUUGUUCGUGAUACUUAAACGUGCAGACUUCAGGAAGUUCACCUUUAACUUCAGCAUUCCAGAUGAAGUUUCCUGACUCAGUGCUUUUGCAUAAGGAACUAGAAAAGGAAGUGGUAAGGAAAAUUGGAGAUGCUAACAUCCUCCCCCAUCCCAACUGCACCUUAAGAUAUGCAUGUCACCUUCAAGGUUUUAUAAUUGCACUGUUUGUUUUAUGUAUGUACAGAUUAAAAUUAUUGCUACAUUUGAAGAAAAUAAAAUUGCUUGCUUCUAUGUAAUUCCUGUCAUUCCACAGGAAGUUUACUUUUCCAGCUACUGAAUAGAAUUUGUUUAACAACCUC